UCAGCGGGCCACAUGGUCUCUGUCGCAUGUGCUCUCUUCUGCUGUUGUGGCAAAGACAACUACUGGUGACCCGUGGAGGAGCCUGGCUGUCUCCAGUCAUAACUUAUUUUGUGUCACAAAACAGUCUUCUUUUUUAAUUUUUUUAACCACUUAAAAUCUAUUCUAAGACUUGCUUACCUUGUGUGCUGUACGAAGGUAGACGGUGAACUGGACUUGGCUGACGGGCUGCACUGUGCCAACCCCAGGGCCCUUUCUUCUAUCCAGACAAGUGUGCGCCAAGUCCCUCUUGGGGCCGGGCCCAGGAAAUGGGAAGAUGGUGACAAACGGGGCCCUGUGCUUACUGUGCUUGAUGGCCUGGAAGGCUGGGAGAUGAGCCUGGGAGAAAUGAGUCUCCCCCUCCUCCUCCUCCUCCUCCUCCUCCUCGCCGCUAAGCCCCUGGAUCUCUAGCGUCUGGUUCCUUGACUCCUCCUCUUCUGCUCCUCUCUGGUGCCUCUGAACAUCACUUCUUUCCUGGCUCGGGGGCAGCCCCUGCCUGCCCUGCACAAAUGUCUCCUCACACCCUCUCCACUCCCAGGACAAAACUGCCAUAGAAAACCUGUCAACCCUAGCAGAGCUUGGUGGUGUGCCCCUGUGUGGUCCUAGCUCCUCGAGGGGCUGGGGAGCAUCACUUGAGUCCAUGAGUUCAAGACCAGUCUGCACAACAAAGCAAGACCCUGUCUCAGAAACAAACACAGCAGCCGUCAGCCAGGGAGAGCAGUCUGUUACAAACACCUAAUUUCUGAAUUCACCUGGGUCCUCUCCAGUGAUUAGAAAUCCUUUAUAUAUCUCUAGUCGCCUCCCCUUUGUAACCUGCCCUGUUCUGGAGCUCUGAGGGCCCUUUAUGGUCUGUGCGUCCCCAAAGUGGGCCUUUGCUUCAUUUGUACAAAGAAGAGGCUAUUGGACAAGGUCUUCCUCGCCUUGUCUCUUCUCUUCCUUAAUCUCCCUGCAGUUGCGCCCUUCCUUUUUGGUUCGAGGUAGCGUGUCCUCCCCUCCCAACGGCAGACUUCUGUGUUUCAGUGAGGGCCGUCCUUUUGCAUGGCAACAUUCUCUUCCUUCACACUUCAUGUUCAUCGUCUCCCAUUUCUCAGCUGCUCUCUCUCCUUACCACUGUCCACCCACUUUGUUCUGCACUCACCAGUGACAUCGCCAGGAGUGUCCCCAUGGAUCUGACUGCCAUCUUCAUUCCCGGUGAAUUUCCAUUGCCUCUUUCCUGCCAGGUGCUGGUUCAGCUCUUGGGCACCCCAAGGGCAGGGGUGGUGUGACAUUGGUCUUCCAGGCAGGGGACAGAGGAAUAUCAAGUCCUGUCCCCACCCAGUCACGCUGCCCCAAGAGCCAGUCUUAGGAACUGCAGUGGACCCUUGACUUACAAACUCAAUUCGUUCACGAGGGCUGGUUGUGACUCAAGUUGGUCAGUUGAAGGCUCAGGCUCCUCUGCACAGCCUUCAAAGUCUCUCACCUGUGUACAGGCAGAUCAGUGUCCUUAGCGAGCCACUGGCCCAGGAUUUCUCAGUGAACCCCACAUAGGAAAGGAUGCUGUCAUGUUCCUUCCAGAACUGUUUGAGGGUUAAAAUUGUAUCUGACAGAGUUCGAUCCCUGGUACCAAAAAAAAAACGCUGUAUCUGAGACCAUCUGAAAGCAUACGUGGCUGGCAUUUGGGUCAGCAUUCAGGUUUUAACUCAAGGCUGGUCAUGAGUUAAAACUAAAAUGCCAGCCGUAACCCAAGUUGUUCAUAUGUCAGGGUGGUCAUAACUUGAGGGUCCACUGUAUGACACAGGAAGCAAAACCAGAAAAGUCCAUGUUCUUCCUGAACCCGACAUCUUUUGCUGCAGUCCCCGGAACCCAGAACCCAUCUCUGCAUCCUCACUGAGCCUCAGCCCGACUCCCAUGCCCACCCCUGCCCUUGUACGGAUGCCCCAUCUUGUAAAUGGGUGGACCCACCUCCUUUUGUUCCCAGACAGGGUCUUAGUGCCUAGUGAUGCAGGGGGAAGAGCUAUGACUCCCAAACCUGCUAGAUAUCCGAAGCGCAUGUUCAUGUUCUCUAAAAUCGAAGAAUGAGGAGCAACAGAGGUAAAGUAUAGGAGAACUUUAUUGAGAGAAAGACAGCUCCUGUCUAGGAGAGGCAGAAUGGGGGCCAGAAUGUGGGUUGCCGGCCCAUCCUGCUUCUCAAAGUUGUUUAUGGGACAAACUCAAGAAGUGAGGGGGUUGAAGGUGGGGACAAAACUAUAGUCAGCUAGUGAGAUUGCAAAUGCAGUCACUUAGCUAAUCCUGAGCUAGUGAGAGAUCACAAGGUGGACGUGACACGGGACAAAAUUAUGAUCAACAAGAUUACGACAAGCAUAGUCGCUUAGGUAAUAUUGAUUGAAUGGGGAUCCAAGGGGGAAGCAAGUCCUGUAGCAAGCGGUACAAGGACCAAACAAGGAUUUUUGUUAAGGGGCGGGUCAGGGAUCUUUCUUGGAAAAUCUUGGUCCCCCACACAGGUGGUUGAUACCUAUUUAGAACAUAAAGCACUGCUGUUCAUCCCAGGGAAGCCUGUGGGUGUAGUAGUUAUUCUUCUUUUGUGAUCUUGGCCUUCAGUGAAUGUGUCUCCAUUGUCCACCCUGUUGGCUGCUCCAGGGUAACUGCCUACAAGAUAUCUAAUUAACUUUCCUAUCUAUGAUACUAGGAAGUCCCUAACGCUGAGAUAUGAACCUAGGCACCCUACCCUAGGAUAGGUUUGCAGGUUCCCUGACUUCCCUCAUGAAAAAGCUUUGAGGCUGGUGAGCAAGAGGUGUGGGUUAUUAAUAAGACAGAAAUUAAAUUAGAGAGUGAGCUUGGCCAGAGAGAGCAGAGCCUGAGGCCAGCCCCAGGAUGGGCAUCCGGGAAGUGAGUUCUCCCUUCUGACCCCGCACCUGCCCGGCUGGGGUGUCAGGAGCAGACACGGGCGCCGGGAGAGAGCUGGAUCUGCCAACAUCGCCCCGCUGCUUCCUGGAGCGGAGCGCAGUGCGCAGGCGAGAAGAGGCGGCCUCGCUGGGGAAGGAAGCCGGUUUGCAGGGGAGGAGCGGAUGCCCAGGCUCACCCGGCUCCUCCUCGGGGGAAGAGAGGAAAAGAUUCAAACUGGACUUGUGUCUCGAAGCUGUAAGUUUUCUUAGAAGUACAGUUAUAAAAAUUUGAUUUUCCUUGUGUGCUUUCUGCCAAUCUGAAUUUCCUCUGUCCUGCCUCGUCCUGGCUGCAGUAGUUUUGCAUGCCCGUACCCUGUGGAGGCCGUUCCCUCAUCCACACUUGUCCCUCCCCUGUCGCCUCAUCCCCUGUCUGAGCUGUGUCCCCCAUGCCGGGCACAGCGCCUCGGGACACAGGCAGCACUUGAUGAAGGUCAGCUCUCACUGAGGGCCAGGUGCUCAGGCAGGGCUCUCUGCUGGGCAGAUUCUGUGGUUAGGCUCCAGCGCAAGGGUCCGUUCUCCCACCGGGGACUGUCACUGAUCUGCCAUGGGGCAGCUCAUAACCCAGCCUGCGACGGCCCCGCCCCGUAGGAGUCCCUAAGCCCGAGAGGCCAGGCCGCUGAGAUCUGGAAAAGUCACAAAGAUCAGUGACAGUUGGCCCGGGGGCUCUGUCUUUCCAACCCCUUCCAUCUGAUCCGAGGAGGAAGGACUGGUGACUGAUGACUGCUUAUUAGUCAUUAAGAUGAACUAAAGCACGUGAGGUGGUCGCUCUCACUUUGCCUGCUGGUUUGUGAAGCUGCCGGAAGGAUGGCACCCUUCACAGCCUGGCUGGCAGAAAGCACACAUGCCCUGCGUGCUCUCCUGUCCCUUCAUCCUCCAGGUACAGGCCAACGUGUGGAGACGCCCUAACCGCAAGGAACCUGUGCAGUCCAUGCGCAAAACUGAGUGUGGAGACAGAGAGUUUAAAAUGGAGAUUUACCUAGAGAAGGUGCCGAAGGGAACUGAAAAGGCAGGGUCGGGGAAGCUGAGCUAGCUCAGGGGUAAUUAGGAAGAAAAGUAGGAGAAAAACUCCUCAAACAAUAGGCUUGAGUUGUUCUGCUAGGAAACCACCGGGCGGUUUCAAAGGUGAAAGUGUCAUUUUACAGUCUCCUUCUCUGCCCGCCAGGAAGUGUUUGCCUAAGUCCUAAUUUGGGUGUGUUCCUGUGGAACUGUUGCACCCCCUUCUGAGGGAAACAGAAACUUAAUCACGCAGGAAGUCAGACACUUAAAAACUGUGCAGCCCAGCGUGGCUGCAAGUGACUGGCGUGGAGGCAGAGAGCAGACCUGAUCCUCCUUAGACAGCGAGUCGGCCCUUCUCCUGCCAGCAUGAGAGCCCGGCAGCUGCCUGUGGACAUUCAGAUUUUCUAUUAUGCCGGGCCUGACCAGGAGCCCUUCGUGAAGAUCAUCACCGUCGAGGAGGCCAAGCGCAGGAGGAGCACGUGCAGCUACUACGAGGACGAGGACGAUGGGGGGCUGCCCGUGCUGCAGCCCCACAGUGCCCUGCUGGAGAACAUGCACAUCGAGCAGCUGGCACGACGCCUCCCAGCACGGGUGCAAGGCUACCCAUGGAGACUGGCCUACAGCACGCUGGAGCACGGGACCAGCCUGAAGACGCUCUACCGGAAGUCGGCGUCGCUGGACAGUCCGGUGCUGCUGGUCAUCAAAGACAUGGAUAACCAGAUCUUUGGAGCAUAUGCGACACAUCCCUUCAAGUUCAGCGACCACUACUACGGCACAGGAGAGACUUUUCUCUACACAUUUAGCCCCAACUUCAAGGUCUUCAAGUGGAGUGGAGAAAACUCAUAUUUUAUCAAUGGAGACAUAAGUUCGUUAGAACUCGGUGGUGGAGGGGGACGAUUUGGUUUAUGGCUAGAUGCUGACUUAUACCAUGGACGAAGCAACUCUUGCAGCACUUUCAAUAAUGACAUUCUUUCCAAAAAGGAAGACUUCAUAGUUCAGGACCUAGAGGUAUGGACAUUCGAGUGAACUUCAGUCUGCCUUAAACUGUCCCAUGAAAAAGACUGGGUUGGCUCAGUCCUCCUGACGCUCACCAGAAGACGAAGAAGGUCCAGCCCCUGCUGCCUCAUCCGACCACAAUGCUUUCUUUCUGCCAUCAGCUCUGAGCAUGGUCACCUUGCAGAAAGACCCCGAAAGGUACGUGUGGCGGGCAGACACUGGAGAAAGACCUUUAAUGGCCAGAUUGCUGAGAAAAGACUUUGUACUUCCACUUCUUCCAAAUCCACACCACGAGGAAUCAAAGUGUUUAUAGAUGUAUGAGUUGAAUGCAAUUUUUAUUUUUGGUAACUGUGAAAAAAAAAAUACUGUGGAAAUAUAUACAUGCCUUGUGUAUUUAUCAGCGUAAUUUUCAUUACCAAAAUGUACAGCUGUUGUUUGCCAUGGAAAAGGUUCGUCUCAUUUAGAAAAAUUGAAAGGAAAUAACACUUAAAGAGAAUGUAUGAUUUUUAAAAAUUGUUUUAUUUAUUUCUAGUAUAUUGUCUGAAGUGUGUUAGCAGGUUUUGUUUCUUGUUAAUAUGUCAAAUCUUGAAAUAAAUGUAUACAUUUUGUGCUAUGUUUUGGGGAA